UGUGAAAUGUUUUAAAGGGAUGAUUAUCUUAAAUGUACAAUGAAAUGUUUUUUCAAAUUAUAAAAUUGAACAUCACCAAAUUUCUUUAAUACUGCUCUCUACUCGACUAAGAGUAGUCGGUGUCAUUCAAUUUUACCCGCCUACAUCUGUGUUAUUUAUUACAAGCUAUACCUUUUGCAAAUUGAUCUAUUAGAAGGAUUGAAUUCCAAACAGGGUGCGAGAGCAUCACACUAUAUAUAAAUAACCAAGAAUCUGUGUGAGCAAAACAGUUGAGAAAGAGGAAAACAUGUAAUGGCAUUGUGGUUGGCAGCUAUUUCUAUAAUUGUGGUUGGAAAACAAGUCUCAAGUUUUACCACUUGACCAUAUGAGGCUUUAUCAAUGCCUUUAUUUAAUGGAAGUGGUAUAAAUGUAGUCAGCAUCGCUGACUAAAGUGUAUAUUUGUAAUACAAUGAAUGUCUUAGGGAUUUACUAAAAAUAAAAUGACGGAUUAUGAGUCAAACAUUCUUGUUCAUGCGCAACGUGAAGAGACGACACAAAGAGACUGCAACUAGUGUAACUUCCUGUUUUAUUCUUUUGACCACGCACCUAUCCCUCAAGAACCACUUUACUUCCUGUCUUUGUUUAGUUUAGUUUCCCGCCGUCCCCCCACACCCUUGAAUUCAGUUAACCAUCACCCCACUGAUACUAAAGCCCCAAUCAGUCACUCAAUCCAUGUCAAGUUGAUUCAACUUUUCUCUUCAUCAAGUGUUCCUGGUGUUUUUUUUGGUGUUCCUGUAUUUGUUGCCAGGUCUUUUGUUUUCUCUUUUUCCAGCGUGUCAAUUCCGCUCCCGCUUGUGCCUGUGCUGCUUUUAAAGUUGUUUUCUCAAGUUACAGUUUUUCACCAGUAAAGAUCCUAAACCUGGAAAGAAGCAUUUGUUGUUGUUGUUGUUGUUGUUGUUUCAUUCCUCUGCGCCUGAGUCUCAGUCCUGAUCCCUCACAAGAGGUCAUCUCUAGGACUGGGCUCGUUAACGUUCCAUGAAUAUGUUAACAUAGCAAUCCAUUAACUCGGACAAUGAUUUUAUCACGUUAACGUUAACAGCCUUUGCUCUCUGAAGCAGGUGUUCACCGGCGGACAGCAAGCGCCCCGCCUAUGUAAUGAUAGAGGAAACGCUGCACUCAAAGGCGUCACACUGCUUUGAUGCCGGCCAAUUAGCAACCCAAACAACCAGUUUAGCCAAACUUCUGCAAACUACUUGGGAAGUGUUAAAAAUACAUUUUGUCAUUGUGUCAACCUGUAUCACAAAAAGUUGCUUUUUUUCCUGCUUUGACUGAGAUUCUACAUGAAAUUCCACAGGCCUUACAGACUAAAAAGUCCCCUGCACCGUCAAUUCUUUGUGGUAGACCACCCUUACCCACAGGGACCCUUACUACUGAACAUAGACUGUUUAUGCUUCUCCCUGAUAGAGGAGUACCGGAAAGAAUAAUACUGUAUGUUAACUUGCUGUUGCUACGAGACUGCCUUCUACAUUGUUGUCAAAGCAUUACUUUAAAAUAAAUACACUAGUUUUUCAUUUGGGCGUCACGGUGGUGUGGCGCCCAGCACUGUUGCCUCACAGCAAGGAGGUCCUGGGCCUUUCUGUGUGCAGUCUGCAUGUUCUCCCCGUGUUCUCUCUGGUUCUCCGGCUUCCUCCCACAGUCCAAAAACAUGCUCUGGGGAUUAGGUUGAUUGGGAUAUCCUGUAGUCCAUUAGGGAUUGCCCGUAGGUGUAUGGAUGUGAGCGUGAAUGGUUGUUUCUGUGUUGCCCUGCGAUUGGCUGGUGUCUGAUCCAGGAUGUACCCUGUCUCUCAUCCAAAGUUGGCUGGGACAGACUCCAGCCCCCAUGCGACCCUGAGUACAGGACAAGCGGUUUGAAGAUGGAUGGAUGGAUAGUUGUUAAUUCGUUAUUUAAUAUGGCACAUAACACGGUUCAUCGCUGUCAGAAAAAUCAUGGGUUAUUGUACUGAACUUGAGUAUCAACUUUUGCAUACGAAUGCAUUGUUAGAGAUUGAACUGUCCUAAACUGUAUAUACGUAGUCUUGGUAUUAAUAAUAAAAUUAAUUCUACAUUGGAAUACUAUGCAACUGUAAUUGUUUUAUCUGUUCAAUUAUUUUUUAGAUGAUCUUUUAUGUGACUUAGGGGCCCACAUCACUCUGACAAACCUUUGUAUAUAGCACGUCUGACCUUGAACAUAAGUGCCAAUUCGACGAUUUUUCUAAACCUGACAGCUGCAAAAAAAAUGCACCACAUACUCUUACAAAAUUCCAGCAGUUACAGUUAUCUCGUUGUCUUAAUGUUGUAAACGUGUAACUGUCAGGAGCCAGAAUGCAUGUAGCUAAGUACAAUAAGAGAGUCACCAAUGCAGUACAUAUAACAGAGUAUUAUCAUUGACAAAUUCCUAAUUUUUUGGGCCUCUGAGAUAUUUUCAAUAUUGAUUUAUUAAAAACUUAAAAUUCCCCAGAUAUUAAGCUUCUAACCACAAAGGACAAAGUAAAUUAAGAGACUGGAACAUGAGCCUGUUCCUGCAUUUUUUACAUACAUAGCAUAUUUUUUAUUUUUAAAAGAUGAACCAUUUAUAAAAAUAGAUGGCGGAACUUUUAGUUGUUAGUUUUAACACUUCAACUACUAAGCAAGCGUCGCACAUAGCAGCGCUUAUUCCACCAGGGCGUGUGCUGUGUCCCAGUGUUUUAUGAAUAGUGAUAUUUAAUGUAUAAUAUUAAAGAAUACAUAAGAGUUGUUACGGUAAGCCCCGGCUUUGGUCCUCAGCAACGAACAUCUGCUGGAAUGCCGCUUUCCCGUGGGCGAAGAAGGGGUGCGCGUGUUUCCAUUACCCGCUCGUCCGGGUAACGAACGUUUUAAGCAGAACAGCCGUGAGACCAACUCCGCCCAGCGUAAAUGUCCGCGUAACACAUGUUAAUGCCCGCUCGGUCACGUGACCGGGACGAAAAGGAAAUAGGAAAGAAAGUGAGAAGAGCGAUACGGGUGGAGAACAACGGGGAGAUCAACCGCCCGACAAGAGGAGGCGCCGUUGCCUGCAGCCUGCAUUUGGAGGGAAGAGGGUCAAAAUGACAAAAGAAGACGGAGACGUGUUGAAUUAUUAUCUCUUUGUGUGAGAUGGGAGGACGGUGUUGGAUGUCAGCUGGAAAUGAGAUAAACACGUGAGAUAAAGCCUCCAUCGAAGACGAGUGAGACGGGAGGAGGAGAUGAAGCUCAACGAACGCAGCGUGGCGCACUACGCCACCUGCGACUCGCCGCCGGACAAGACGGGCUUCCUGUUGAAAAAGGGGGAGCGCAACACGGCGUACCACCGCCGCUGGUUCGUGCUGAAGGGCAACAUGCUCUUCUACUUCGAGGAGCGCGACGCCCGGGAGCCCAUCGGCGUCAUCGUGCUGGAAGGCUGCACCGUGGAGCUGUGCGAGUCGGCCGAGGAGUUCGCCUUCGCCGUCAAGUUCGACUGCGUCAAGGCGCGCGUCUACAAGAUGUCGGCGGAGAGCCAAGCCGCCAUGGAGUCGUGGGUGAAGGCGUUGUCGCGGGCCAGCUUCGACUACAUGAGGCUGGUGGUGAAGGAGCUGGAGAGGCAGCUGGAGGAGAUCCACGAGGCCGCCGGAGCGGGAGGCCCGCAGGGCAGACCCAAGACCGCCAGGCCCAACCAGGUGGCGCGGUCCAGGUCCGGCGUGUCCUCUCCCCCGCUGUCGUGUCAGAGGAGCCUCCGGGAAGACGUGCAGCUCACCUCGGGUUCUUUCAAGGAGAACGGAGUCGCGUGGAGCAAGCCGCCGCCGCCGCCGCCCGCCGCCUCGGCCAACGGCUUCGUCGAGGGGACGUCGUGCGCCGCCUGGGAAGGUCGCACGGAGGACCCCGGGGUCGCGCCGAGGGCCGACGGCGCGAGGGCUCCGCCGGUGCCGCGCAGGAGACGGGGGGCGUCCCUGGAGAGCCCCGUCUCCCCGGGCACCGCCUGCUUCUCCAAACUGCACGACUGGUACGGCAGAGAGGUGGAGGAGCUGAGGAUGCAGUGGCUGCACAGCCAGUGAACUAAUGGCGGUGGAAUAUCUUUUUUUAUUUAGUUUUAUUUCUCCAGUUUUAUCAUUCCGCUCAGAUCAUCCUGCAUCGCUACAUCGCCUUUGAACCCAAGAGACGAGUGACAAAACGGAGGCUUAUUUGCAAAAUGAGACCAAUAAUAAAUGGAUUGAUUCCACUUCUUGUCUGGCACAGGGGAAUCAGUCCGUCUUUAACCGUCACACUGCCCAUUGGACAAUCAAAGACAUUUUACAACCGGAAAACCCCCCCCUCUUUUGCACAGUUUUGAAUGUAGUUUGCCACAGCAUUGAAAGUGCUCAUCACUUAUUGAAAGCCCGUCUUUCUAGCAAGAUGCUUAACGGUUCCGCCUUGAUCGGCCUUGUAGUACAAACAAUUCAGAAAAAGAUGCUGUUCGGUUCGUACACUGCCAAUGUUCAAGACUUCUUCUAGCUUCCAAACAUAUGUGCACUUGUUUUAUGGCUCCUUCUCUUACUAUGUAGGUAUACACCUGGAGUAUGUGGAGGAAUGCCAAAAAACAACCAAUCGCCACAUUUAAGCCUUUUUUCUGCGGGUGUCUUUGUGUUGAAUGCAAAUCAAACCAAGCUCUAACGACAGAACAUUGCACACAAAAGAAAUCCAGAUGGACCAGGUUGCCAGGGCGACGCAUCGUCCACGGCGGCGAAGGCCACGGAAAAUGUCGCAGCUGAUGAUGCAAUCCAGCAACCGCCAUCAAAAGGCGGUUUGCGCCAUCGAUGACACUCUUCCCAUCUGAUAAAAAGGGCGUAAGACAACUUCAAGCUUUCGCGCUUAUAGUCGAGCCUUCCUGUAAAACUGGGGAGGGAGACCGGUGUUGGUUGUUGUUCUCGGCCACACUCCCAACGGGGGCCCGUGAGACCCCGUGGCCGCUUAAGGUCGGCAGUUACCGGGGGGCCGCGGCGGGAGCCGGAUGUCUCGCUCUGGGCGGCGCGCUGGUAUUUUUAGCCGGCGGCCAGAUGAUGCCGUGUCAUAAGAGUGCUCAUCACUCGGCCCUCCUUUCGGCUCCUGUAGCUCACAAAAGGAGACCGUGUGUAUCCUCCACUUGUCAUUCUAACGAGCGAGUGCGUCUGGCAUCCAACCUCCUCGUUAUGCGUGUACAUAUUUUACCAAUCCAUGUCCCGUGGAAAACUAACACCAGCACUCUGCGAAAUUGGCCUUACGUUAUUUGUAUUACUUUGUUGCUGCACUUGCAACCAUUCCCAAAGGUCUAUAGCAACGAGGGUGUUACUGAACUUCUUCCCAUCCUUCCUUCCUUUUGUUCCUUUCCAGCCUGACAAUGGCUCUGUUCCUAGAGUUUACAUCGUUCCACAACACACUUGCACGGAAACAAUAGUGGGAAGGAGUCCUAAACCGUGUGGAUUGUGUGUUGUUGAGGAGGAAUGCUCUUGGCAAGUAUUUCAUAGAAGGAUUUGUUGUUGUGCAGAUUUGAUUCAUUCGAGAGAGAGCAGUACAGUGACAACAGAUGAUGGUAGUCUGUUAAAGGAUGAUGAUAUUUGAAGAGAUGUGUUUGUGUCAAAUAAACCUUAUGAAUAAUAACCUUAUGAAUAAUAAUCUUAUCAAGUGUGCCAUUAAAGGCAAAAAUCCAAUCCAAUCAUCUUUCCACGGUUGUUGUGCAAUUAUUCAAUGUUAUAGCAGACAAUAUAUAAAUUGUUUUAAAUUACCUUUUAUAUUUAACACAUUGUCCUAAAAUGGUACCAUAACAUGUUUGUAAAUCUUAAUAAACCUAACCUGUUGAUUGCACAUUGUGAACGGUUUUGUGAUAUCUCAUGAUAUCUGUUCGUCUUUGUGCUUCGGUCUUAUUUUUUUCUCUCUUUUCUUUGUAAUAAAGUUGCAAUGAUUAGG